AUGGUGGAAAGCUCAGGAUUAUCAUCGAUGAAGUUCUUCUCCGAUCAAUACCUCUCUUACGCUGAUAUUCUUCCUCCACGCGAAGCUCGAGCUCGAAUCGAAGUCUCUGUUCUCAAUCUCCUUCGAAUUUUGAAUUCUCCAGAUCCAGCGAUCUCAGAUCUCUCCCUGAUCAAUAGGAAGAGAAGCAAUAGUUGUAUAAACCAAGGGAUACUCACGGAUGUUUCUUACGUAUUCCUCUCUACUUCGUUUACUAAGAGUUCAUUAACGAAUGCGAAAACAGCGAAAGCUUUUGUUCGAGUGUGGAAAGUUAUGGAGAUAUGCUUUCAGAUUCUGCUUCAAGAAAAACGAGUAACACAAAGAGAGUUGUUCUAUAAAUUGCUUUGUGAUUCACCAGAGUACUUUUCAUCUCAGAUUGAAGUUAAUAGAAGCGUACAAGAUGUAGUAGCUCUUUUACGUUGCAGCAGGUACAGUCUUGGGAUUAUGGCUUCUAGUAGAGGCCUUGUUGCUGGAAGGUUAUUUCUACAAGAACCAGAUAAGGAAGCUGUGGAUUGUUUGGCCUGCGGUUCUUCAGGUUUCGCGAUAUCCGGAGAUUUGAAUUUGCUAGAUAACACCAUCAUGAGAAGUGAUGCUCGGUAUAUCAUUAUCGUGGAAAAGCAUGCGAUAUUUCAUCGGCUAGUGGAAGAUCGUGUGUUCAAUCACAUUCCUUGUGUAUUCAUCACCGCGAAAGGGUAUCCCGAUAUUGCCACAAGGUUUUUCCUUCAUCGGAUGAGCACAACUUUUCCUGAUCUACCAAUUCUUGCUCUAGUAGAUUGGAAUCCAGCUGGGUUAGCUAUACUAUGCACCUUCAAGUUUGGAAGCAUACGAAUGGGUCUUGAAGCUUAUAGAUAUGCUUGCAAUGUGAAGUGGAUUGGGCUUCGAGGAGAUGAUCUUAAUCUGAUACCAGAAGAGUCUUUGGUUCCUCAAAAACCAAAAGACUCGCAGAUUGCUAAAAGCUUAAUGUCCUCCAAAACCUUGCAGGAAAACUACAGAGAAGAGUUGUCACUGAUGAUUGAAACUGGUAAAAGAGCCGAAAUUGAAGCUCUGUAUUGCCAUGGUUAUGAUUAUCUCGGUAAAUAUAUAGCCACAAAGAUCGUGCAGGGCAAAUACAUAUAG